CAGGCUGUUCCUUUCACACCCCUCCCUCUGAGGUAUGGGUGUGGGCUGAAGCUCCUGGCAGCUGGAGCCCCAGAGAAGCACUUACACCCUGAGCCUCCUGCUGAGAGCCUACAGUGGCCCCCUGCCAGUCUGGCAGGCACUUGCUGGCUCUUCUAUUCAGCAACACCAACCUCUGAUGCCCUGCAAUGCCCACACCCAAUACCUCUUCCCCUCUACCCACGUUCUUCUGGGUCAACACCUCUGGAGGCAGCACUGACGAUGCUGGGAUGCCUGUCCAGUUUCUUGCCCUCAGGGUCACGGUUGCUUUGGCCUAUGGGAUUGUAGGAGUCAUCGGCUUGCUGGGAAAUUUGGCUGUGCUGUGGGUACUGGGUAACUGUGCUCGGCGAGCCUCUGGUCUACCUUCUGACACCUUCGUCUUCAAUCUGGCUCUGGCGGACUUGGGGCUGGCACUCACUCUCCCCUUCUGGGCAGCAGAGUCAGCACUGGACUUCCACUGGCCCUUUGGAAGUGCCCUCUGCAAGAUGGUCCUGACAGCCACUGUCCUCAACAUCUAUGCCAGCAUCUUCCUCAUCACAGCACUGAGUGUUGCCCGAUACUGGGUGGUGGCCAUGGCUGUGGGGCCAGGCACCCACCUUUCACUCUUCGGGGCCCGUGUGGCAACCCUGGCAGUGUGGGUGGCGGCUGCUCUGGUGACAGUGCCCACAGCUAUCUUUGGGUCUGAGGGUGAGGUGUGGGGUGUGCGCCUCUGCCUGUUGCGCUUCCCCAGCAGGUACUGGCUGGGAGCCUACCAACUGCAGAGGGUGGUCCUGGCUUUCGUGGUCCCUUUAGGCAUCAUCACCACCAGCUACCUGCUGCUGCUGGCCUUCCUGCGACGGCGGCAACGACGACGGCAGGACAGCAGAGUUGUGGCCCGCUCUGUUCGUAUCCUGGUGGCCUCCUUCUUCCUCUGCUGGUUCCCCAACCAUGUGGUCACUCUCUGGGGUGUCCUAGUGAAGUUUGACCUGGUGCCCUGGAACAGCACUUUCUACACCAUCCAUACCUAUGUCUUCCCUGUCACCACCUGCCUGGCCCACAGCAACAGCUGCCUCAAUCCUGUGUUGUACUGUCUCCUACGGCGGGAGCCCCGGCGGGCUCUGGCAGACACCUUCAGGGAUUUGCGCUCAAGGCUGUGGCCCCAAGGCCCAAGCUGGGUGGAACAUGUAGCCCUAAAGGAGGUAGGCAAGCAGUGGGUGGUGAGCGCGGCCCAGGAGAGUGGUCCUUCCACUCUGCUCAUGAACGUGGACAAAGGGACACCUGGGUGAAGGGUAUAAGCUGAAUACUCUCCUUUUCCUGGGAUCUACAGGUGCAGAAUCCACACAUUCUAAGCUGCCCUCUCUGCCAGGCUACAGUGUCCUCAGGGAAAGUCUGAC